AUGGGCGGCUACUUUUCUAGCCUAAACGCCACCACUGGCCGCGUCGCAGAUGAAAUUGAAUGCGACUUACACGAUCCCGAAAGAGCAGUCCAGUCUGUGAUCGACUAUCCCGGUUUGGAUAAGUUCCAGUGGAAAGUGUGGUGGGUUGCUGCUUCGGGAUUUUUUACGACAUCAUACAGCAUAUUCGCUGUGAAUGUGAUUAGUCCAGCCCUAAGCUAUGUCUAUCCAGAAUGUACUCAUUCUUGGUCAACGAACUCAUUAGUCAUCAACCUGACUACGUUGACGGGGACGAUGUUCGGCAUGCUUAUUUUCGGCCAUUUGGCUGAUAGGUAUGGUCGAAAGGCUGUGUAUGGCCUAGAACUGAGCAUUGUUGUGGUUGCGACGGUCGGGAUGACGAGUGCAUCUUCGGGUCACCUUAACUCGAUGAAUGUGUAUGGUUGGAUUGGUUUCUGGCGAGCUCUGCUCGGGAUCGGGCUUGGCGCGGAGUAUCCACUCUCUGCCAUCAUAGCUACAGAAUGGUCUUCAACAAAGUCUCGAGGUAGAAUGAUAGCGGCCGUAUUCUUGAUGCAGUCUCUGGGCCAGCUUGCUGCAUAUGCACUCGGCCUAGCCAUACUGCGAGGGAUCAGCAGUAGAUUCGGAUUGUCUCCCGAAGAAACUGAUUACGAUGUGGCAUCGCCGGUUAUCGACGUAGUCUGGAGAACAACAAUUGGAAUCGGAGCGGUUCCGGCUCUUAUCUCACUCUUCUUAAGACGAAUGAUUCCCGAGACUCCUCAUUACCUAGUAGAGAAAGGCGAGCUCGUGAACGCUGUUGCAGCUGUAGGUAGAGUCCUUCCGCUCGACGCAACCCUGCAACCUACCGACCAUAGCGAUCCUAUGGCCCAGUUGCCGUCAGAAAGGCCAAUGUCCAAUUUGAGAAACCAGCGAAAGAGCCGGUGGGAGUCAAUCGUCGAUUAUAUGCGACAAUUAAAGGAUCAUCUGGUCGAGCAAGGACGUUGGCGUGCUCUUGCGGGAGUGAUGGCCACUUGGUAUCUAUUAGACUUGGCUUAUUAUGGGCUUGGCUUAGACAACCCGAAGCUCAUUUCGACAAUCUGGCUUUCGGAUCCACCGCCUCAAUCAAAUGUUUCUACAUCGUUAGGAGAUGUAAUGUGUAACAAUGCUUCAUGGAGGGCAGAUCCAGCCCAGCCAAACAUCACGAUAUAUGAGAUGCUCCAGCAAGAUAGCAUGCGGAAUAUCAUAACAAUCUCGAGUGGAGCUCUGCCAGGGAGUAUCGUAAUCCUACUUGCCAUCGAUUACUUGCCCCGAACGACGUGGAUGGGCUGGAUGUUCGUUGCGCUCGCAGCACUUUUCGCGAUCAACGGCGGGACGUUUUUCGUCACAUUCGAAACGGAUAAGCACGCGCUUACAAUGACAUUAUAUGUGCUUGCACAAUUCGUCUUUAAUCUCGGCCCUAAUACCAUGACGUUCAUGCUCCCGGCUGAGCUCUUCGCAACCAAGUACCGGGGCACGUUCUAUGGCCUAGCAGCUGCCUCCGGGAAGCUUGGAGCGAUUACGAUAUUGUUGAUAACCAACAUGGUGGUCUAUAAAGGGGAUUAUAGCCAUAAGUUUGCGGCGCUUUUGCUGGGGUUUUGCCCAGCGAUGCUACUGGGGGCUUUCAUCACGUGGGUUUGGAUUCCCGAAGUCCAAUAUCCCCGAGGAUAUGAUGACAAACCCGAACGUGGAGACGACGUUUCUGAAGAUGGUGUUGGAGCCGAGAGCUCCACGUUUAGACAGAAGCUCAAAUUACGAAACCGGCCAUUGGCGGACAUCGCUCAAAAUCCAGGAGAUGGCCAAAUUUUAGGUAUGAGACGAAAUAUUGGUCGCUUAUUCCGGGCGGCGCGACCCCACGGUUCGAAUGAUAUUCGACGAAGACAUACUGAAGACAGAAUUUCUCGCAGGGGAAAUUCAAUCGAUCAGCAAAAUAUGAUAUAUUACGAUCAUGAGCAAGGUGGUAGAAUGGAAGAAGCUGAUGUUGGCGAUGGACUAGGAAUAAGACAGAUGCAUUACGUCACCUAA